CACUUAUAAUGGCCAACAGCUGCAUGCAAAGCCAGAUAUAGUUUAAGAUUAUGGGCGGCUAACGGAUAGCGGUUAACAAAUAGUUGUAAAUGGAUUAAAAUAAUCAACGGCUACAGGUAGGCAAAACACUCAUAUUUAUUUACCUGGAAUGUUAAUAGCGGUAAUAAACUGCAAUUAGCAGCAAAAAUAUGUUGCUCAACAGCUGUUGGCCUGGACAAACAUAGACAGUUCACGAUAACAAAAUAGAAUGGAAAUUUAUAGAAUUUUGCGUACGUUUAAAUGGCAAAUGUUGCUGCGUCUGCUGCUCAUUCCACUGUUUACCAUGUCGGCGAGUGGUACUAAAACUGAGGACGGCGCUUGCCAACGGCAUGUGUCGGAUUGUGUAGCAGCAGCUAAAGAUCAGGCUCGUUACGAUCACUAUCGCAUCUACAAUGUCCAAUUCGAUAAUGUGGAGCAAAUCGAGCUGUUCCAAAAAUUGGAGGAACAAAGCGACAGUCUCACAUUUAUUGGCCACGCACGCGAAAUUGGCCAAAAACUUUCCAUAUUGGUUGCUGCUCAUCGUGUUGCUGACUUUGCGGAUCUAUUGCAGACCUAUAAACUGCAGCAUCGGGUUUUGACCUACAAUUUCCAGGAGAAGAUUGAUCGCAAUAUGCGUGAAGUGUUACCGGAGGAUGUGGAUGUGGAUAAGUACGAUUGGCAGCACUUUUUCCAUCUGAAAACCAUUAAUGGUUGGAUGGAGCAUAUGGCUGCCAAGCAUCCAGAUCGGUUGAGUGUGCUGGAUAUGGGCAGCAGCACGCAAGGAAAUCCGAUUAAGGGCAUCAAACUGGGCAGUAACCCCGAGAAUAAAGCCAUCUUCAUUGAGAGUGGAAUUCAUGCACGAGAAUGGAUUGCUCCUGCAACAGCUACCUAUAUAAUCAAUGAGCUGCUCAACUCGAAGGAUAAGCAGGUCCAGAAUUUGGCCAAGAACUACAAUUGGUUUGUUUUCCCCUGCGUCAAUCCCGAUGGAUAUAAAUAUACGUUUGAGCACGAUCGCAUGUGGCGCAAGAAUCGCCAGCUUUUUGGCACCUGCCGAGGCGUCGACCUGAAUCGCAACUAUCCCGAUCAUUGGAACUCCACGGGAUCGAGCAGUGAUCCAACGCGCUACGAUUACGCUGGCCCCAGUGCCGGCAGUGAACUGGAAACGAAGCGUCUAAUUGACUUCAUACGGAACAAUGUGGCGAAGGAACAGAUUAAGACAUAUAUAUCCCUGCACUCGUACUCACAGAUGCUCAUGUUUCCCUAUGGAUAUACCAAGGAGCAUGUGUCCAACUAUGACGACUUGCAGGAGUUUGGCAAGAAGGCAGCGGCUGCCAUCAAGGCGGAAAGUGGACGGGAUUAUGUUAGCGGGAAUCUGUAUGAGACAAUCUAUCCCUCGAGCGGUGGCAGCAUGGAUUGGGCUCAUGCCGAGGCCGGCAUACCCAUUGCCUACACAUUCGAGCUACGUGGUCCGCCCGAUAGCCAGGAUCUGUUCAUUUUGCCAGCCGUCGAAAUACAGCCGACGGCUAGUGAGGCAUUUACUGCUAUUCGCACUAUUGUGGAAGCUGCUGCCGAGAAAGGUUACUAUAAAUGAGAAAUUAUAUGAUAAUCUAGAAGAACCUAACAUAUAAUUCUAAGUAAAUUUCUGUUUUUACUAGCAUUAUAAUCUUAAAUAAACCCAUAUGUUUUAUCA